AUGGCACCUUUGACUCCUCUCUGCUUCAAUUGCUCCAUCCUCCUUGGGGAUCUGUCCCCAGAGGAUGCGAGAGGCCCCAUGCCCUGCAAUGACAGUGAGGCCAAGGGGCGCUUUGACUCUGAGGACUUGAACCUGACUGAUGAGGUGCUGAAAUAUCUGGGGCCACAGUAAACAGAGCUGUUCAUGCCUAUCUGUGCCACGUGUCUGCUGAUCUUCGUGGUGGGCACUGCGGGUAACGGGCUGACCUUCAUGGUCAUCCUGUGCCAAAAGGCCAUGCGCACACCCACCGACUACUACUACCUCUUCAGCCUGGCAGUUUCCGACCUGCUGGUGCUGCUGGUGGGCCUGCUCCCAGAGCUCUUUGAGAUGUGGCACAACUACCCCUUCUUGCUGGGCGCCGGCGGCUGCUACUUCCACAUGCUGCUCUUCGAGACAGUCUGCCUGGCCUCAGUGCUCAAUGUCACUGCCCUGAGCGUGGAGCUCUAUGCGGCUGUGGUGUAUCUGCUCCAGGCCAGGUCUGUUGUGAUGCCGGCCCACGUGCACCAAGUGCUUGGGGCUGUCUGGGGCCUUGCCAUGCUCUGCUCUUUGCCCAACACCAGCCUGCACAGCGUUCAGUGGCUGCAUAUGCCCUGCCAUGGCACAGUGCUUGCCUUGGCCAUGUGCACCCUGGUGCGCCCCAGGGUCCUCCACAACCUGGUGGUGCAGGUCACCACGCUGCUCUUCUGCCUGCCUGUGGCCACUAUCAGCGUGCUCUACUUGUUCAUUGGGCUGCAGCUGCAGUGAGAGAGGCUGCUGCUGUUCAGGCAGGAUGCCAAGGGCAGGGGCAAUAAUGCCACAGCCAGGUCCAGAGACACCUGCAGGCUUCAGCUGCAGGAUAGGGGCCAGAGACAGGUGACCAAGAUGCUGUACAAGUUUGUGUUGGUCGUGGUGUUUGUCAUCUGCUGGGCUCCGUUCCACACUGUCCACCUCAUGUGGAGCUUCAUGUCCCACUGGACAGAGGGCCUGCUCCUGGCCUUCCAGUACCUGCACGUCCUCUCCAGCAUCUUCUUCUACCUCAGCUCAGCCACCAACCCUGUGCUCUACAGCCUCAUGUCCAGCCGCUUCCGAGAGGCCUUCCGGGAAGCUCUGUGCCACUGCCAGAGACUCCAUGACAGCCCCCACAGCCUCAGCAGGGUGACCAUGGGCAGCACCCUGUGUGAUGUGGGCUCCCUGGGCUGCAGGGCCCAGCCCUGGCUGAAAAUGGUGGCCCAGAAGGAACAGGUGGGGCCAGUGUGUGAGCAGAGCCCUCCCCUGGCCCGCCUCCAUCCUCGCCUGCAUGCAGACUGGCUUGGGGGCCCGAGGGGAGCACAGCUUUGGACCAUCUGGCCGGAGGAUCUCGGGGGACAAGAGACAUGA